GGAGGGAGGGGGAGGAAGUGUCAUGGCGGCGGCGGGCUCGGGCACGGGCUCCUCGGCGCGGGGCGGCGGCGGCGGCUCCUCGGCGGCGUCGCGCUGGUUCUUCAGCCGCGAGCAGCUGGAGAACACGCCGUCGCGGCGCUGCGGCGUGGAGGCCGACAAGGAGCUCUCGUACCGGCAGCAGGCGGCCAACCUCAUUCAAGACAUGGGCCAGCGCCUCAACGUAUCUCAGCUUACGAUAAAUACUGCAAUUGUUUACAUGCACAGGUUUUAUAUGCAUCAUUCCUUUACAAAAUUUAAUCGAAAUAGCAAGAUUAGCACACAUGAGGAUCAAGUUCCAGCAGGCUUUGUGGUGGAAUAUGCUCUUUGAAAGUCCUUCUGUAAUAUAUCAAGUGAAGGCAGUAAAGCAGUUGUUCCACCUCUGCUCCCUCUGUGUACCGGCUCAUGUAGCAGGAACCUGUAGCCAGUGGAAGAGGAUCAGGUGAGGCAUCCAAAGUUUUUGUGCCUGUGAUGGUUUGCAAACUUGAUACAGGCAGAGCUGCUUGGAGUGAAGAGCUCGCUCUGUGUAGAACUGCUGUAGCUGGGGCUUGUGUUAGAUGUAUUGCGUUAGAUGUAUUGCCUGCUAGGUUACUGUUUGUACUGCCAUCUGGGAAUCUAGGGUAGAGUUAGGUAGCAAGAAGCUUCAGCUGCUCUGGGUUUUCACUAGACAGUGGAAAACGCUGGUCACUUGGAACUGGAAGCACAGUAGUAUUUGGAUAUAUAGUGGUCUUGUUAUGAAAACUCUGUCUUAAGUUACGUUUAUGAAUCUUAAAAUUCACAAGUAAGCUAUCUAAUCGCUGAGUGCCAUGGAAACUGCAGCUAUUACGAGAGGGGGAAAGUACAUUGGUAAAUUAAUUCUUAGGUAAUACUAUUGCAAGUGUGCUGCAAGAUAGCACUUGGUAGUACAGAUUCCUGCUGAAUUACCUUGUGUAAUUCUUGGUGAGCGUAGGACCAGACAGCAGCUCUGUGUGCAAAUGAAUGUUCUUAUUUUUCUAUAGGGUAAAGAGGAGUGGUCUUAAAGUGAAUGUGAGUCACUUUUAAAAUACUUCCAAAGCAUCUGGUGGGCUCUCUGUAGAGAAGCAAAAGCCAAGGAGCGUAAUAAAUACUUAAUAUAAAAUCUCCAGAGUACUUGGCAAGCCAAAAAAUGUAACACUGUUAAUCCACUGCAAGAAGAAACUAAUCCUGAGAAAUUAAAUAGUGAGGUACUGGCAGUCUUGAACUAAGACAUAGCUAACAUUUUUGACAGUAUAUAGAGUAUAUCUCUAAUAUUUCUUUGCUGUGUGCAUGUAGUGAUGUUUGUCCAUGGCAAGAAGGAAUCUGAAGGCUGGGGCUAGAAAAUUAGAUGGCCAUUAGUCAGAAUGCCUUAUGAUGGCCAGCUGAAAAAAUAUAGCCUUUGUUUUCUUGCUUUAUUGGUAGGUUAAUGUUUUUAGGCAAGUAAUAAACACUUGCAUGGGUAAUUGCUGGGUUGUACAAAUACACACGUCUGUCUUACAUUUAAGUCACGUGUACUUAAUUGUUAAUAAACAGGUCUUCUAGUAGAAGGUCGUUUACUUACUAGCUGUUUUCUAGUUCUUUAUUUUUUUUUCUUCAGUGUUAUUGCUAAACCAUUUUAGAGGCAUUCAAGAUUUGUGAACAGGCAACAGAAUUCCCAACAGCAUCUUCAAUCUGUAGAGCCACAGGGGUGCACAUAGCAGUUAAUGUAGUCUGAGUUCAUUCUGAAUGCAUUACAUUUACUGCUUUAAUGACCAAAUAGCCCUAUUUUUGCAAAGUUACUGUGGGUUAGCAAGUAGCUUUUGAAUUGCAGGGGGCUAUCUACUAAGUGCAUACAUUUAGGUGCAAAGAAGAAUGUAUUGAGGUUUUGCAGUCAAAGCAGGUUAAGACCUUGCAAGGUUGCUGUUCCCUAGUAAUGGGGUGGAAACUUGCUUUACUGAUACUAGUGAGCAGAAUUAGGUGCCCUGACUACUGAUUUUCCCUCGCCAUGCAAAUGACAUUUCAGGAACUCCUGUGAAUUUCCUCAGCAGUAGUACAAAUUAUUCUUUUUACAUUACCGUUGACAAGGGCAUAGUAACUUUGGUUCACUGAGUAUAAAGUUAGUCAGUACUAGUAUCGGGGUGGGAAGGGAGCUUGCUGGCUUUUUAUAGGAAAUCCUAGCCUAACUUGGACUUUAAGAUAUCUUGAAAAUUAAAAUUCCUCUGGAAAUACCGUUUUUGUAGUACUUAGUGUGUUUGAUGCUAUUCUAUAGCAAAUACCUCUUUUAGAGUCUUAUUCUUCAGUACACUGCGAUUUGAAGAACAGAGAAGGGGGGAAAAUCCUUGGUAUGCUGGAAAUGAGAGGUAAGGCAUCCAAAGCGUAGCUGUAUUUUUAAAUAUAAUCCUUAGAAAUGCCCUGUGGAAUACCAAACAACCAGUUGAACAUACACUUGUUGAUCUCAAGGGGUUUUUUGUGUGAUGUGCAGUGGAACUUUAUGUGAAGUGCCUAAAGAAGGCUGCAGGAGGGAUUUUUUCCGUGAAGUGCAAGGUUGGUGGGUUGUGUGGAAGGCUUCCUAUCCUUCUGUAUUCCCUUCUUGCUUCUCGUGCCCCAUCCAGAUUGCGGUAUUGAACAGUUGACUUUGCAGUUAUGCAAAGUUCUUGAAACUUCCACAAUACACCUCAAGUUUUAGUGAGGCUGUUUGGGCACUUCAGUUCUGGUUUUGAUCUUGCAAUUUAACAUAGUUGCUUUUUUUAUGCAAUGUGGGCUCCUGGCUAUAAUUAAAAAAAACCCCAACCUUGCAACUCCUUCUGUUCACACUCGAAAACCUGUAUCACAGACUGGAACCACUUAAAAUCUUAAGCUAAUUUGUAUCAAGUCUAAAACAUACUAAUAUUGGUGUUAAAAGGGGAGGGACUCCACAGAAAAUGUGCUGCAGCUGUAUUCUGAGAUAAUUCUGAAUGCCUUCAUUAUAACAACACUUUUUGCAAUAUGUCUUGUACUUUUUAAGUAAAAAAGGACUUGUAUCGCACCAGUAAUACUUGCUGUAUAAUGCUCCUGGACUGUGAUAAUAAGGCUCUUAUGUUUUGGUUUUUCUCUUUCAGUGGGACUUGGCUUCUGCAAUUCUCAGAUAGUAAAAAACUGGGAUUUCAUAAAUCACGUGUGAUGUUCUGAAGAUAUUUCUCAAAAGCUUAGAGUAUUUUGGGUGCAUGGUAGAUAACUUCUUUGAAUUAUUUAGGUUUAUGUCAAAUGCAGAUGUUUAUAGGCAGGAAGCUCAUGGUUUUGUCAAGUCUGUGCCUUUAAUUUUACUUCUUUAUUCUGCUUUGCUUUUUCUGCUAUUUUUGAGAAUUGGAAAGGAAUGAAAGCAUUUGAGUAACUUUGCCAGUUAUACACUUAGCAGGUGUGCUGUCUUCACAGAGGACUGUAUGCAUGCCAAAUCUGAAAUUUUAUUAGGAUGUCUAUUUUCCUGAAUAAAUGCUAUGGAAGACAAAAAUACCAACCUGCUCUAAACUGGGAAUGAAAACCCUUGCCCUAGACAAGACAGAGACCUGAAAUUCUUUGGCCAGAAGCCAAUGCUGCUUUUUUUUUUUUGUUUAAGGAAAUAGAUACUUGGAGUGGACAUAGAUUUCUGAUGAACCGGAGUUAAGUGCCAGUUAAUCAGUUUGAUUUAAAUCAACCACCAAAACUGUGCUUUAUGUAAGUUCUUGGAGAUCAGGAAUUGAGUGGAGACUUCUUGGCCAGAAUAGAUCUGUUUCAGUAAAUUGGAAGAUAACCUGAAGUCAGUCUGAUGCAGAAGAUGCUUUUUUGGAAUGAAGUAAAACUUCAGUGCAGUCAGACAUAUGAUAAUAGUGAGAGAGAAUUUGCUGAUGAUUCAAUCGUGCAGUUACUGGUGGCUUGGUUUGGAGAAUGUCUCUGUGAAAUGGAAAUAUUUCCAGUCAUGGUAAUUGUUGGAAGUUAAUUUUUUCAGAAAGGUGAAUUGUGAAAAUUCCAUGUAUGUUUAACUAUACCCACAAACUACCUAGAAAGAGACCUUGUGUUGGGAUGUGUUUGAAUUAACUUGCACACAAAGCUAGAACUGUAGGGUCUGAAUGCAGGUACUUGGGUGUGACACUUGGUGGGGACAGUAAGGCUAGAGAGGUGGAGAGAACAGCAGGGAGCAACAGUUCAUCGCUCACAGUGCGGUUGAUUUUGUUCUUGUUCAGCCCAGCAGUAAGGCAUGGCUGCAGGUUACUGACUGAAUAUCUGUUUUGUGAUCCUGGGAGGAUGGAAAGGAUCUUCUAUUUAUUGUCUGUUAAAGCUUCUUCCCAUCAUCCAUUUAAUUUCUAUUCUAUAUACUUCAUGAUUUAACUUACCUUCCUUGGUGAUUUCAGUGCUGUGCCUUAGUUUUCACUCCAUGGUGGUCAGCCUCAUUGUUUAAAAAAAUAAAACUGAACCAGUUCUAGUCUCUCUGGUGCCCUCCAUUAAUGCCUCUGCCUCCUUGUUUCUGUUGUCCAUUUCCUCUUGUCAAACUUGUUUGUUCAUAACUCUGUUGAUUCUUAAACAUUCCCAAUUUCCUUUCUUCUCUGUCAUUCAUGUUUCUCUGGCUUCCUGGCUCCGUCUCCUAAUCUGUUUUUUCCCAGAAGCUCAGGAUUAUGUCUGAGAAACUAAUCCUUCCUCUUAGGCUGGCCCUGGUGCAGGAGGUGCUGGCCUCAAACACGUUCCUCAGUUAUGCCUGCCCUAAGUCAUUAAAGCACACUGGGCUUAGAUGGAUGAAACAAAUGUAAAUGAGAGAUUUGCCUUGGUUCUUGCAUUACUGGGCUGGAGUGAGGUUUGUCUGCCCUGUGAAAUAUCCUUUAUGUGGCCUGCGUAUGUUGGUUCAUUCAUGUGUUGCUACUGUGUAUCAUCUGCGUCUUCUGGCACUUCAAAGCUGUUGAUACUGUAGCUUUCUGAACUCCAGAAAGCCUUUGUAUCACAUUCAAUGUUCAGAAGUUUAUCUCCCAGCAUAAGUGAGACUUAUUUCAAACAGUAUGUCCCUAGCAAAGGGAAUUUCUACCAGAAUUUUGCAUCGUUACUUCAGGUGAUGUGGAUAGGGACUUCUCUCAAAAAUCAUCAGAAGUUUUAAAUGACAGUGUUAAUAUGGCUUUGUUCAGCAACACCUGACUUCAGGUUUUUGUUUCAUUCAUUGGUAAAGCUUAAAUUACAAGCUUCUUGAAAAGAAAGCAGUUCUUUUGUCUCCUUUGUGGAAGGAUUUGUUCCCUGUGACUUGGUUUGGGUGGUUUAGUAUUUUUUAGCAUACUAGAUUUCUUCAUGGCAUAUUUCUUAGCAUCAAAGGAUAUCACCUUCCCAGGGUGUCAGUUUUCGUCUAGUCUGCCAACUUAGAAGUUUUACUUAAGAUCCAAGUGGACAUUUCAAAGUAAUUUAAGGAGACAAAAAGUGCUCCCUCGAUAUACUGGGAAGCUCCAGAAGUGUCAUUGCUUAAAUGUUCAAUGCUAACUUGCUGCAGUUUUUCACAUGCUGCAAAUUUUUAUACCAAAUGUUCCAUUUUGGCAUAACAGAGGGCUGCUUGCUGACCUCCCCCCCCACAAAAAAACCCUCACUCCAGGGGGGAGUAUGACUGCUCUUCAGUUCAUUCAGUUUAGUUCUAUUUGGGCAUUGAAUGAGAAAUCCAAUACCUGCAGUGCUUACACUGUGCACUAAUUGAAUACUCAACAAGCAGCUAUUUCGAUCCCUGAAUAAAUGCUUUAUACUGGCUUAAAUUUAACCAGUUUAAUCUGCAUGAAGAUUUCUGAUGUCAUCUUCAUUCCUGUUUAACAUGGGCAAUUUUUGCAUACAGAGAGAACCCUGAUUCUUUAUGAUCUGUAUUUAUGUAUGUCAGUUGUUCUAGCUGACAAUGAGGCAUCAAAACUACUUUAUAGUGAACUCCUAGGUGAUACUGAAAUGCUAAUGGGUGCUUUGCUGCUGGCUUGUGACACCUAGAGUUUUAUAAAGUUUUUCUUCUUUAAAUGUAAUUUGCAGUCUUUAUUAUAACUGGUGUUUUAUGAACCCUUGUGCUUUGUUCUCCAGAUGCUGCUGGGUAUAUAGUAAGGUUUCUAAGAGUAAGCUUUUACUUAUGCAACCAGAGUUUAUGUAACAAGCUGCUUUUAUUAAAGUUCUCUGCAAAGUUUCUCGCUUUUUAGGAGAAUCAAAUGCUAGCAGAUCUUUUACCGAAAAGACGGUGUAAUGGCUCCCUACUGUGCAAGAAAUUGGGUGAAUUUUAUCGCAAAGUAUAUUUAACUUGAAACAGCCUGUUCUAGUGUGACUAAAUCUUCUGAACUAAAUCUGUUCUUUUUAUGUUGAACUAGAAUUAGUUUGACCUCAGACAUCUUACUCACAAAUGUAAUUUAACAUAUAUGCUACUCCCUCCCUGUGCUGUCGAGUGGAUUACAUCAGUUCUAAAAUAAACCGUGACUACUUAUUUUGUGUUGCCUUGCAUGAUUUCAGAACUGUUAAAAACAAUAAAUAAACAGAAAAAAAUCCAACUUCUUAAACCUUUUCUAACUACUAGUUUAGACUGUCCAUAAAAAUUGAAGUCCUACUUGUAAAAAGUUUGAAUAAGUACAUGUAUGUUUUGGGUUUGGUUUUUUUUUUUCAGAUAAUAUCUCCUACAGCAUUGUUUUUGGCUGCAAAAGUGGAAGAACAGCCACGGAAACUUGAACAUGUUAUUAAAGUGGUAAAUGCCUGUCUUCAUCCUCAAGAGCCGCAACUGGAUACAAAGAGUGAUGCAUACCUUCAGCAAGCCCAAGAGCUGGUUAUACUUGAAACAAUAAUGCUUCAAACUUUAGGUUUUGAGAUUACCAUUGAACAUCCACACACAGAUGUUGUGAAAUGUACGCAAUUAGUGAGAGCAAGCAAGGAUUUGGCACAGACAUCCUAUUUCAUGGCUACCAACAGUCUUCACCUUACCACGUUCUGUCUUCAGUACAAGCCCACAGUGAUAGCAUGUGUGUGCAUUCACUUGGCCUGCAAGUGGUCCAACUGGGAGAUUCCAGUAUCAACUGAUGGAAAACACUGGUGGGAAUAUGUAGAUCCUUCAGUUACUCUAGAAUUACUAGAUGAGCUAACACACGAGUUUCUGCAGAUACUGGAGAAGACGCCCAGCAGGCUCAAGAGAAUUAGAAAUUGGCGGGCUAAUCAGGCAGCUAGGAAACCUAAAGGUGAUGGGCAGGUAUCAGAGAACUCGCUUCUUGGUUCAUCUUUGGUCCAGAAUUCCAUUUUGGUGGAUACAGUUGCUGGUGUAGCUGCAAACACAAGUUUCCAAAAACCAUCUGCAUCAUUUCCUGCACCGGUACCUCUGACCUCAGGAAGUAUUUCUGUUCCCGACAGUCAUGCACCUGAAAAUUUGGCAAUAUUAGCUACAGGAAUGCCAAGUACCUCAUACAGUUUGGCAUCACACCAGGAAUGGCCUCAGCAUCAAGAACAAACAAGGACAGAACAAAUAUACUCUCAAAAGCAGGAGACAUUACCUGCCAGUCAGUACAAUAUGAACUUCCAGCCAGGGGCAUCCGUACAGUUGCACUCUGGAGUACAUCACAGACCUGACAAACUUGCUGAGCAUUCUACUGUCAAACAAGAGUAUUCUCACAAGUCAGGAAACAAACACCACGGACAAGUUGCUGCUCCUGUAAUAAUUCCUCAAAAAAUGUCUUUGGAUAAAUACAGAGAGAAGCGCAAACUAGAAACCCUUGAACUGGAUGUGAGAGAACACUAUGUAGCAACCCCAAGUGAACAGCAGCAUAAAAAACACACGCAGCCACAGGUAGCCAGCAGUUCUUCUGUCACAUCUCCUAUUCCUAAAAUGAAAAUUCCUCUUGCAAACGCUGAGAAGCCUGAAAAACACUUGUCUGAUAAGAAAGAAAAGGGUGGCUCGCUCAAGCUCCGCAUACCAAUCCCACCCACAGAAAAGGGUACCAGUAAGGAGGAGCUGAAAAUGAAAAUUAAAGUUUCUUCCUCUGAAAGGCAUAGCUCAUCGGAUGAGGGCAGUGGGAAAAGUAAACACUCGAGUCCCCACGUUAGCAAAGAGCAUAAGGAAAAACACAAAGAGCACUCUUUGAACCGCCACCACAGCAUUGGCCAUAAGCACUCCCAUUCCCACAGUGGUGGUGGCAGCGGUAAGCAUAGCACUGACGGAGUGACACCGACUGUCUUGAGGAGUCCUGUUGGCCUGAGUAGCGAUGGCAAUUCCUCAAGUUCCAGCUCUUCGAGAAAGAAGUUGCACAGCAACGAUGCUUCUCACAACCACCACUCCAAAAUGAGCAAAAGUUCCAAAAGUUCAGGUAGUUCAUCUAGUUCUUCCUCUGUUAAGCAGUAUGUAUCCUCUCACAGCUCUGUUUUUAACCUUCCCUUACCCCCUCCUCCCCCUGUCACAUACCAGGUGGGCUACGGACAUCUCAGCACCCUCGUGAAACUGGACAAGAAACCAGUGGAGAACGGUCCUGAUGUCCAUCACCAGUACAGUACAAACAGCCAGCAUAUGGACUACAAAGAUACAUUCGACAUGCUGGAUUCGCUGUUAAGUGCCCAAGGAAUGAACACGUAGUCGAUUCUUAGGUCGUUUUUCUUUACUUUUUUUAAUUUAAGAAUUGUUAGAAUGGAAAACUUCCUAAUAUAGCAGUAGCAACACCAGCUGUUGCUGCCGUGGUUUCAGUAUAUGUAAGUGCUGCUUUAUCCUUCACUCUGAAGAGGUGUAGUAAAACAAGUCUUUAUCUCCACAUACGAUAGUGUUAUAAAUACUGUAAUAGCAUGGAAGGUGCAAAACUCUCAGUAUUUCUACAACUGCAGCCAAGAACAGUAGGAUGAACGUCCGCUUCUAGGUGUAUAGGAUGCCUCAAGCAUUGAUUAUUUAUAAUUUUGAAUACUGCAGCCACAACUUUUUGUUGCAUAGGUUUUGAAUGAGUGUACUUGUUUUCUGGUGUAUUUAUACUGUAUGUAUGAUUUGCAUGUUUUGAAGCUAAAGGGAUGAAAAACAGUAUACUGACAACUGUUUACAAGGAAGUGGAGAAAAAUGUACAUACAUUUUUGUAUGUUUAGAUAUACCAUAAAUACUCAGGAUUGGAGCUGCUUGUAAGUAUAACAAAAUACACAUAACUUUAUUUUGUCUUGCCAGAGCCCAUCGGUUAUCCAAACAGAGAUGGCACUUUGUCUUGUUUAUCUUUAAACUGUAGGCCUUAUUGGAAGCCACUUAAAAGGGGCACUUCGCUAGAGAAGGUAUCCAGUACGCGGGAGGGUCGCCGCCGGACAGUAUUACCAGAGAGGCAGGAAACUGGCCACACCUCGGAAAUGUCCCUAGUUUUCUGAAGGAAAAAGGAAUUAAAACUAAAAGUUUACAUAAUCUUUUGAUGUAAAGUGCAUUUAAAUGUUUAUUGGCUUGAUGCAGUAAAAUAGACACAGAGCUGUUAAUAAUGGUUAUGUAGAGUAAUGUGACUUAACUGCAAUUCAGAACUGUCAUUGUGGGGAAGGUAAUCUUUUCUUCUUUUCUCAAAAAAAAAAAAGGUCAUAAUUUAUUCUAAUAGCAAACAGGGGUCACUGUUUCCUUUACCACUUCAGAAUAGUACCCAUGUUCUGAAAUCCAAAAAGUGUACGUGUGUGUGAUGCCACAUUUCUUUUACAGGUAAAUGCAGUCUUCACAGUACAUAAGAAUAAAACUAUUGAUAUCCCAACUUUAUAUUCCAACAAUAAAAUAGUUAUCGAUUCUGUGCAUUGUACUUGUCAUUAGUUACCAAAUUGGCAGAUACUUGUUUUGUUUUUUCAGCUCUAAGGGGGUCAAAAAAACCAGUCAGUCUCCCAGUGGAACCACUGGCCUCCAUGUUGUCUGCCUGGAAGGGUCUGUGCGCUCUCUCCAGGGUGUUAUGUUCCUCAGAAGAAAUGACAGGUGUGAAUGUUCUUGUGUUCUCAAAGCCAAUACUACAGCUCAGUCGCCUGGAGAACAGUGAACUGACUCGCUGGGUUGUUCCUCAAACCUAUCUGUAAGCUCUGAAGUACCUCAACGUGAACUCAGUAUAUAGUAGCAACAGCCGGUUUUCAGUGACUUCUUUUGACUUUGAAGUGACCAGGACAUGAAGUAAACUUUUGUGAAGCCACCUCAUUCCCUUAGUGCUUGUGUAAUUCUGUAAGUCUUGGACGUUAAAUCUGAAGUUAUGUUACCCACACGUGCUUUAAAGGAUAAAACUGUUUGAUAUCUACCCGAUUGGUAGUUGCUGUAUUCUGUAACUACAGGUAUAUCAAUUACUAUGUAAUACUCUGUUUCCAGUAAUGCAAACGCUUGUAAUGACUUGAAUAAGUUUUAUUUGAACUAUGGAUACUUUUUUUACACUUAAGGAAUAUUUAAAUGGAAACCUGAUUGCAUUUUCUGCUAAAUCUUAGCUUAAAUUCUGGCCCAUGUACAAAAUCCAAAGCUGUUUUCUCCCUGCCAACUUGGUUAUUUUUCUACAUUUGGAAUGGAACUUCUCGUUACAUAUUUGUGCAUUGGUGACUAUUUUCUAUCCUUUUAUAGUCUGUUUCCUUUCCAUUUCA